AAAGUGCGUGAACUUUUCACUGCGUCAACUAUUUUCGUUGCGCUGCUACUCUACUGAUAGGAUUUCUCUCCUCAAGCGCCUCGCUUGCUGUUACUAUGGAAACGUGGAAAGCCGAUCUAAGGAUUACAGUCAUGCUUUUAGCUCGCUUGUUAUUGUCAUUAUAUUAUUGACAACACCUCUGUCGACGUUCAUAUAUCACAGCUAGCGCUUAAAAUAAAAAUAAAAAAGCUAGCAUGUCGUCAGUUCCUAUCGAGAUAAAAGACAGCUGCAUGCUGUGAGUCAGGAGUGCAACCAUUUUCCUGCAUUUAGAUGUGCAAGUAAAGUUAUCAAACCGUCUACAGUGCGGUGUCCAGUUCCAAAUGGCUUGAUGCACACUAUGAUCCAGUUGCCAAUUUAUAUACUUUUUCUUCAUGCAUCACUCUGGCAGACUUGCAUGGAGAUGGUGAGAACAAGCUAGUGGUGGGUGAUUUGGGUACAGGAGCAGGCAACAUGAAGCUGAAGGUAUAUCGUGGCACUGGGCUGCUCAGUGAGAACACCCUGCUGGACUUGCCCACCGGUCUGGUGUCUUUCCUCAUGGACCAACAUGAGCCACGUACCCCCGCCAUCGCUGUGGCCUCAGGCCCCUUCAUCUACAUCUACAAGAACCUGCGGCCCUAUUUCAAGUUCACUCUGCCCACUCUGGAGGUCAACCCCCUGGAGCAGGAUGUAUGGAAUCAGGCUAGAGGGGAUAUGAUUGACCCAAUGACACUAAAAGAAAUGUUAGAGGGUAUAAGAGAUAAGGCUGAAAUUCCACUAUCAGUCAGAUCGCUACGGUUUCUCAUGCUUGAACCACAGGAAAUGGAGUCUUAUGUUAACCUCCAAAAAGAGCAGCCCAUACGCAGACAGACGAUCAUUACAUGCAUAGGGACACUGAAGAAGAACAUGGCGGAUGAUGAUGCAGUCAGCUGUCUGGUCAUUGGCACAGAAAGUCAAGAUGUUUAUAUCUUGGACCCGGAAGCCUUUACUAUUCUCUCAAAGAUGUCCCUUCCCAGUGUACCUACACUCAUGGAUGUGACUGGUCAGUUUGACGUCGAGUUCAGAAUCAUCGUAGCCUGUCGAAAUGGGAACAUCUAUAUACUGCGCAGGGACUCGCAGAAGCCCAAGUACUGCAUCGAGCUGUCCUCUCACCCUGUUGGGCUGAUCAGGAUGGGGAAGAAUGUGGUGGUGGGCUGUGCUCAAGAGACUAUGCAGAGUUUCACUCAGAAGGGGAAGAAACUAUGGACGACUUAUCUGCCUGCUCCAGUCACCACUAUGGCCCUUCUGGACUUGCCCACACGGGGCUUCCAGGCCAUACUGGUGGCCCUGGCCAACUGUGAGGUCCAUGUGUACCGGGACAAGAAUGUAGUCAGCACCAUCAAAACGCAGGACGUGGUGACCAGCAUUUGUUUUGGCCGUUAUGGUCGUGAAGAUGGCACCCUAAUCAUGACCACCAAAGGAGGGGGUCUGAUCAUUAAGAUCCUGAAGAGAACAGCUGUGUUUGAUGACCGGGACUCCAUCUCUGGUCCUCCAAUUGCCCAGAGCAUCCGACUAAAUGUGCCCAAGAAAACCAAACUUUAUGUGGACCAGACCAUGAGAGAAAGGGAGAAUGCUGUGGCCAUGCACAGAGCCUUCCAAAUGGACCUGAGCAGGCUGCGACUAGCUGCAGCCAGGGCCUAUGUCAAAGCCCUGGAGUCCAGCCUAACUCCUAUGUCGGCCAGCUUGACAGAACCUCUAAAGAUGAAUGCAGUGGUUCAAGGCUUAGGCCCGUCCUUCAAACUCACUCUGAACAUCCAGAACACAGCAGCAUGCCGCCCUGUGAUGAACCUAGCCAUCAGUUUCCUGUAUGAUGAGAAUUUGUACAGCAUGAGGACAGCCUUCUUUAAGAUCCCUCUGCUGGUUCCAGGGCUAAAUUACCCCAUUGACACCUUUGUGGAGUGUCUGAGUGAUAAAGGGAUUUCAGACAUCAUCAAAGUGUUUGUGCUGAGAGAAGGGAAGAGCACCCCACUGCUCACCGCGCAUAUUAACAUGCCUAUAAGUGAAGGACUGGCACUCAACUAGGAAACAUGGCCAAGAUGGCCUGUAUGUGCACUAGUACUGGAUGAGAUUGUCGCUGUGGCAUUGUAGCAGCAGGGCUUAGCCAUUAUGCCACAGAGACUGAAGAGCCACUUCCUGCAGGUGAUCAGAGAAGCUUGUGCUGGCCAUAGAAGCCGAACUUUAGGUUAAAUCCGAAAGAAGUGUCUUGAUGUGAUUGCUGCAGUCACAGAUGUUUUAUUGUUAAAGGCCACAUAGUUUGGUGUGUGUGCGCGCAUGUGUGUGUGCUCACAAGUCUAUUUGCUUUUUUUAAUAUAGUGUUGUAGUUACAAUGUGUAUUUGUAAGUGCAUUCACUGGCCACUUUAUUAGGAAAACCUAUGCAUCUGCUCAUUCAUGUAAUUCAUUCAUGGACAAAUAGGAAAAAAUCUUAUCUAAUCUUCAGCUGUCCAGUUUUGGUGAGCCUGUAACCCACUUUCUUUAUCCUGGCUGACAGAAGUGGAACCCAAUGUGGUCCUCACAGUAUGUGACCAUCCCAGAUCCCAGUAGUGUCUGAAAUAAUCAAUCCAACCUCUCUGGCAUCAACAACCAUGCCACAAUCACAGUAACGGAGAUCACAUUUCCCCUCCCAUACUGUUUAAUGUAAAUAUUAACCAAAACGCUUGACUUGUAUGUGCAUGGUUUUAUUCAUUGUGCUACUGCAACAUGAUUGCCUGAUUGGAUAUUUGCAUGAAUGAGCAGGUUUUCCAAAUAAAGUAGUUGAGGAGUGUAUAUUAUUUCUUAUUCCUAAUAGUAUGUAUGGUAUUGUUAUUUUAAGUCUUGCUGUCAUGUUUAAAGGAAUAAAUUGAAAGAAAAUUAAAUCUCCAGUUUACUUUCA